AUGGAUGGUGUGGUUUCUGUUCAUUCAAAGAUCGGUUCUUCGUCAAGUGAUUAUGCUGUCACAGAAUUACCAAGCGGAGAAAGCUUUAGAGUACCAAGAAGACCUUCUGUAGUUGCAAUUCAGAUGGCCUAUGAUAUUCCUCCCUACAUGGGGGAAGAUGUUAUGAAUUUAGAAACUUUUGAGCAAGGAAGGUCGUGUGUGCGCCCAGGAGGUAUUUAUUGGUUGAGAGACGUCGAGAAUGCUCUUCACACUGACGAAUAUAUCACGUACAUGGCGUGUGCUGCCUAUACGAGUGUAUUUGUUACUAACCAUGGAAGAUUACUCGUGGGAGGUUCGAACCAAUUUGGAGAGAUUGGCCAACCUGUCAGCACCACGAAUUCCACACUCAGAAUACAGGAACAUCCAUUCUCAAGAAUACACAAUAACGUAAAGAUUUGUAAGGUAGUGUGUGGAGAUCAUUCGAUUGUAGCUCUAAGUGACGAGGGCAAGAUUUAUGCGUGUGGUUAUAAUGGAAACAAUGAAUUAUUGGUGAAUUCUCAUACGGAUAUUGUUGAAGAGUUAUGUGAAAGCAAGAAGAUGAAUGAAAUAACCGCGAACGAUCCUGCCAUUGAUAUUGCGACACAAUAUUAUCAGGUAUUGUUUCUCACAAAAAGUGGAAGUGUCUACAUUCAACAGAGGUACAUCAACCUUCAAAGGUGGCCACCUUUCACACAUGACGGUAUUGUUUUCACAAAGGUAGCCUGUGUUGGAGCUACCAAUUACAAAUUCCAAGUGUGUCUAACAAAUUCAUUUAGAGAUGUUUGUCUUGUUGAUUUUCCUUUCCAUGAUCGACUAAAUGUGGUGUUAAUGGAAAAAGCAGUUCAUAUCGACUCAAAUAAGAUUCUGAUGAUUAAUGGAGGAGAAGAAAACCGAUCACCAUUUUGUGUAUACAUGAAAACUCAAUAUUCUUAUGCUAUUGUGUUGCAAACAAAGCUUUCAGCACACCUCACAAAUAUUUAUGGAGAGGAUGGCCUCCAGGAUGUGUUCUUUAAUUGGAUAUAA